UGUUAGCAUAAAUAACAUCGACUACAUUCUCUGAUCCAGUUUAGUAUAAAAGAAUACCCCCAACACACCAAGAGUUUUCAUUAAUCUAUUUUACAUUGUUACUUCUGAUAUUUAGAGAUAGAGAGAUUAAUAAAUAAAUAAAAGGCUGUAAAUUUAGUUACCAACCCGUCGCCCCUCCCCAAUAACUUUUUGCUUCACAAUCUCACCGCGGCGAACCGUCUCGACCCCGUCGCCGGAGAUUCCUCUCCCCCCCCCCCCCCCCCCCCCAAACAAACCCUAAUAAUAUUCCUUAAUCGCUUUCGUGAUUUAUCCGCCUUUGCACCACGUUUCGUAAGCCCCUCAGACUCAAUUUCGUCGUUUUCGAUUCCUUCUUCAGCGUUUGUCACUGUGUAUGAGUCUGUUCCGCUUCUGCUAUCGGAGUGGAGUGGUGGUUCAUAGAUCUUAAAGAGUGUUUUAAUGUUCUAUAUCUUUUAGAUAAUGAUAGGGCGUGAUUUGAUCCCAUACUCAUUGAUUACUUCCUUUUACUGCAUUUUGGUUAUUUGUUAAUUUUACUUCCUUUUGCUCUUUUGUUAGGAGUUGUUUAACUUGUGACUGACUGUUUUGGUUGUUAAGGAAGCUCCUAGUAAUGGAUGGAAGAGAGGAUACAGUGGAGGGAAAAGAGGAAGACAGAAUGGAGGUGGAGAUUGAGAAGGUGGAAGCAAGGGAGGAGGAGCAGAAUGAUGAAGUUAUGAUGGAAGAAAACAACAAUCAAGAUGAGCAGAAAGAUGAUGAGGAGAUGCAAGAUACUGAUUUGAGAUCUGAGAGUUCUGUUUCUAAUUCAGAUGAAGAGGAAGGGUUGCGUUCGGGGAAUGAUGAUGAGUUGGACCUUGAGAAACCUCUAAGCGAGGAGGAAGUAGACGAGUUGAUUUCAGAUCUUUUGGGAGUAGAGAGUAAGGCUGCAGAAGCGCAGGAAGCACUUGAAAAGGAGUCUCUUUCUAAAGUAGAAAGUGAAGUUAGGGAGGAAUUAGCACAAACACUCGAUGGUGAUGAGCUGGAUAAAGCUGUGGAAGCUGAAAUGAUUACAUUUAAAGACGAAUGGGAGGCAACUCUUGAUGAGCUUGAAAUUGAAAGUGCAAACUUGUUGGAGCAACUUGAUGGUGCUGGAAUUGAACUUCCAAAAUUGUACGAAAUGAUCGAAAGUCAAGCCCCUAAUGGUUGUUACACUGAAGCUUGGAAAAAAAGAGCCCACUGGGUUGGUACUCAGGUGACAAAAGAAACUGGGGAAUCAUUGGCAAACGCAGAGAGUUUUCUUCUCACCCACCGACCUGUCCGAAAACGACAUGGAAAACUUUUGGAGGAGGGAGCUAGUGGGUUUCUGGAGAAAAAGUUUGCGGACGAUGCAGUUAAAGAGUGUCUAACUGGAACAUCUGAGCUUGACUGGCCGUCUCUCAACAAGGUUUUUUCGGAAAAAAGAGAUGAGGCUAUUUCCUUCGGUAGUAAGCACUGGGCUUCUGUUUACUUGGCAAGCACUCCACAACAAGCUGCAGCCAUGGGAUUAGAAUUUCCAGGAGUCAAUGAGGUGGAGGAAAUUGAAGAGAUAGAUGAAAGUUUGGCAGACCCUUUUUUCGCCGAUGCAAUAGAAAACGAAAGAGAACUUGCCCUCACUGAAGAACAAAAGAAAAACUAUAUAAGGGUCAAAGAAGAGGAUGAUAUAAAUAUCGAUCGUGAACUUCAACUUCGUUUGAAACGGAAGAGGCGCAUGAAAAGAUCUAAACAGGUUCUCAGGCACACGGCAGAGGAUAGGGAUGAUGAUUCCGCGUAUUUGUAUGGGAAUUCGAUUGCCCCAGACCCUGCUAAAGAUCAAGUAAAAUGUCCGGAGAAUAGCACUGAGUUUCAAAAUAAUGAAGUUAACAAAGAGGCAAACGGGAAUUUGUCUAAUUCAGAUGCAGAUAAGAUGGUCCCCGUCGCAGAUCUUAAUGUAGAUACCAUGAGAGAUGAUUCACAGAAUCCAGCAAGCAAUUUUAGGUGUACUGCCUGUAAUAACGUAACUGUGGAAGUGCACAGUCAUCCCCUUUUAGAAGUAAUAGUUUGCAUGGAUUGCAAACGUUUAAUUGAAGAUAGAGUCGCUAAGGUUGAUGCCUCUUUGGAACGUCACUGUGAAUGGUGUGGACACAUUGCUGACUUAAUAAAUUGUAGGUCAUGCGAAAAACUUUUCUGUGCAUCAUGUAUAAAGAGGAAUAUUGGUGAAGAAUACUUGUCUGAAGCUCAAUCCUCUGGUUGGGAUUGUUGCUGUUGCGCUCCAAUUCCCUUGCGAAGACUGACACUGGAACUGGAGAAAGCCAUGGGAGAUAAGAAGUCAAUGGAGUCUAGCUCUGAUUCCAGCUCGGAUUCUAGCUCUGAUUCCAGCUCCGAUAAUAAUUCUGUUGAUACAGAUGCUGAUGUCAAUGUAGCAGUAAGCUCAAAGAAGAAAUCGAAAAAGAAAAUCCGGCGGAUAAUUGAUGAUGCUGAACUAGGGAAAGAUACGAGAAGUAAAAUAGCAAUUGAGAAGAAACGACAGGAGCGCCUUAGGUCCUUGCAGUUUUCUGCCAGAUACAAAACAAUUAGCUCUAUGGGAGACGUGAAAAUUCCAGAAGGUGCGGAAGCUGAGGUUCUUGGUGAUGCACACAGUGGUUACAUAGUGAAUGUGGCUAGGGAGAUUGGUGAAGAAGCUGUGAGAGUUCCUCGUAGCAUAUCUGCCAAACUAAAACCCCAUCAGGUUACAGGGAUUAGAUUUAUGUGGGAAAAUAUUAUUCAGUCUAUCAACAGUGUGAAGUCUGGUGAUAAAGGUCUUGGGUGCAUUCUAGCACAUACAAUGGGCCUGGGGAAAACUUUUCAGGUUAUAGCGUUCCUCUACACUGCAAUGAGAUGUGUUGAUUUGGGCCUGAAAUCUGCUCUUAUUGUGACUCCUGUAAAUGUGUUGCACAAUUGGCGAAGUGAAUUUACGAAGUGGAUGCCUUCAGAAGUGAAACCACUUCGCAUCUUCAUGCUUGAAGACGUUUCGAGGGAGAGGAGAUUGGACUUGCUAAGGAAGUGGCGAAAUAAGGGCGGAGUCUUCUUGAUGGGAUAUGCCGCUUUUAGAAACCUGUCUCUUGGUAGAGGGGUGAAGGAUAUAAAUGCGGCCAAAGAAUUCUGCAGUGCCUUGAGGGAUGGACCUGAUAUACUUGUUUGUGACGAGGCUCACAUUAUCAAGAACACCAGGGCUGACACAACCCAAGCAUUAAAGCAAGUUAAAUGCCAGAGAAGAAUUGCCUUAACAGGGUCACCCCUUCAAAACAAUCUCAUGGAAUAUUAUUGCAUGGUUGACUUUGUAAGAGAAGGAUUCUUGGGAAGUAGCCCUGAGUUUAGAAAUCGCUUCCAAAAUCCAAUAGAAAACGGACAGCAUAUGAAUUCAACUGCAGAGGACGUGAAAAUUAUGAACCAGAGAUCACACAUCCUGUAUGAGGAAUUGAAAGGAUUUGUGCAAAGAAUGGAUAUGAAUGUCGUGAAAAAGGAUCUGCCACCUAAAACAGUCUUCGUAAUAUCUGUCAAACUAUCGCCCUUGCAGCGGAAGUUGUAUAAGAGAUUUCUAAAGUUAUAUGGGUUCAAUGAUGGAAGAGCAGAUGAAAGGAUGAGAAAAAACUUUUUUGCUGCUUACCAGGUCUUGGCUCAGAUUUUGAAUCAUCCAGGGAUUCCGCAAUUAAGAAGUGAAGAUAAGAAACAAGGUCGCCGCGGUAGCAUUGUUGAUAUUCCAGAUGACUGUUCAAGUGAUGAAAAUUUAGACUGCAACAUGGUUGCGGGAGAGAAACAGAGGAAUAUGAGUGAUUUGCAAGAUAAAGUUGAUGGCUACCUCCAGAAGGAUUGGUGGGUCGACCUACUUCAAAAAAAUAAUUAUAAGGUCUCGGAAUAUAGUGGCAAAAUGAUUUUGCUCUUGGAUAUUUUAUCCAUGUGCGCUCAUGUGGGCGACAAGGCGCUCGUGUUUAGCCAGAGUAUCCCGACACUGGAUCUCAUAGAACUUUAUCUUUCAAGAGUAGCUCGUCAUGGUAAACAUGGCAAGUGUUGGAAAAAGGGAAAAGACUGGUAUAGAAUCGAUGGAAAAACCGAAAGCUCAGAACGACAGAAGUUGGUUGAUAAGUUCAAUGAGCCUGAAAACAAAAGGGUGAAAUGCACCCUAAUCUCAACUAGAGCGGGGUCUCUUGGGAUUAAUCUUUAUGCUGCUAACCGCGUGAUCAUCGUUGAUGGUUCAUGGAAUCCAACUUAUGAUCUUCAAGCUAUCUUUCGAGCUUGGAGGUAUGGCCAAAAGAAGCCGGUAUUUGCGUACAGGUUGAUGGCACGUGGGACUAUUGAAGAAAAAAUAUAUAAACGGCAGGUGAACAAGGAGGGGCUCGCUGCGAGAGUGGUGGAUAGACAACAGGUGCACAGGACUAUCUCCAAAGAAGAGAUGUUACAUCUUUUUGAAUUUGACGAUGACGAUGAAAAAUCUGACGCCGUCACUGAGAUAAGCAAGCGAAAGGAAGCGGCCACUUCAUCUCGCGGUUGCGACUCUGACAAAUUGAUGGAGAACUUACUGCAGAGACAUAGCCCCGACUGGAUCUCUAGUUUCCAUGAGCACGAGACAUUGCUACAAGAAAAUGAAGAUGAAAGACUGACAAAGGAAGAAAAAGACAUGGCCUGGGAAGUUUAUAGGAAAGCGCUUCAGUGGGAAGAAGUUCAACGGACACCAGUCAAUGAAGCACCUGUGCUACAAAAACCUUCGCCAUCACCACAAAUACAGCCCUUACGCCACCCGAGGGGGUUCAACAGAAGUCGUUUUGUGAACCGAAGCUGCACUAGAAUCGCGCAUGAGCUUACACUCAUAAGCCAAAGAAGAAAAGUGGGUAGCAGCACAAUCUGUGGGGAGUGUGGGUGCGUCAUAACGUGGGAAGAUGUUUUACCCGCACCCAAACUUUCAGAGGUAAACUAAAUGGUAAAUGAAGAUUGCAAGAGAGUUGAGUUUACUCUUUUUUUUUUUUUUUAAGUACGGGACUGAAACCGAAGUAUGAGGGAAUAGUAACAUUUGACAUUCCUUUUAGCUUUUAUAGAUGAUUUAGAUUAUAGUUCCAUUGCCGAGAUAAAAAUCAGGGCGUUUGUUAGUGUGUUUACUUUCUAAUCAUGCUGGAACUUGUGUCUUGUAAAUCUAAAGUGAUUUUGACAAUUUGUAAGAGUAACCAUAUCAUUGCAAGGUUUUGUUUCUCCAA